AUGGCCGAUAUCGAUGUCGCGGCGCCCGCUGCGGCAUUCGAAGACACCACUCAGCCCGCGACUGAGACUGCGCUCACCAAGACGAACGGCGACGGCGCCGUGCAAAAAGUGAAAAAGACCAAGAUCAUCAAGCGCAAGCGACGACCAGCACGACCGCAGCAAGAUCCCUCCACCUUCAAGACUGAGCCCCCGCCGCAGACCGGCACCAUCUUCAAUAUAUGGUAUAACAAAUGGUCUGGCGGCGACCGCGAAGAUGCCUUCUCCUCGAAACACCAAGCCAAGGGCCGUUGCAAUGUCGCACUGGACAGUGGCUACACCAAAGCCGACAAAGUGCCUGGAAGCUAUUUCUGCCUCUUCUUUGCGCGAGGUCUCUGUCCAAAGGGUCAGGACUGCGAAUAUCUACACCGAUUGCCAAACAGCAGGAUAGGCAAGGAAGGAGGACUCGGCGACAUUUUUCCUUCCAAUGUGGACUGCUUCGGGCGCGACAAAUUUAGCGAUUACAGAGACGAUAUGGGUGGGGUGGGAUCUUUUAUGCGCGUGAACAGGACGCUCUACGUGGGAAGGAUUCAUGUGACGGAUGACAUCGAAGAAGUUGUUGCCAGACAUUUCCAGGAAUGGGGACAAAUCGAGCGGAUACGAGUGCUACCCAGCCGAGGUGUGGCUUUUGUCACAUACGUGCACCUGGCCAACAGUGAGUUCGCGAAAGAGGCCAUGGCGCACCAGAGCCUGGACCAUGACGAGACGCUGAACGUGAGGUGGGCGACUGUGGAUCCGAACCCGGUGGCGCAGAAGAGAGAAGUGAGGAAGAUCGAGGAGCAAGCCGCGGAAGCCAUCAGGAGAGCUCUGCCGGCGAGCUAUGUGGCGGAAUUGGAGGGUAGAAAAUGGGAAGGUGCAGAUCCAGAAGAGGAGAGGAAGCGACGAAAGAUUGACGGAAGCUUUGGCCUAAAAGGAUAUGAUGCUCCAGAUCACGUCUGGUACGCAUCAGAGAAGGCGAGAAUCGAGGCUGGCGCGCAACAAGGACAGCUUGAAGGCGCGCAAGAACGAAUGCUGCUCGAGGAAGCACAGCAGGUGUCGGGAGACACAGAACCGAACAGUGACAAUGAUGAACCUCUGCAGAUCAAAGGCAACGGUCAGCCUUCGACUGGCGGCAUUCUCGGCUGUAACACACUGGCUGCACUUCAGGGCCUGAAGGCAGGCAUUUCACAUGGCACAGGAGACAGGAAAGCGCCAGAUAAGCCAGCUGGACCUCUGGUCGAUUAUGGAAGCGAUAGCGAUGAUGAGUAG